AUGUCCACCACAGGUGCUCUUCAAGGCCGCUUGAAGACGCUGUCGGCUAGUAUAGUUCAGAUCCAGCCUCUCAUUGAUCAACUCCGAAAUUUCACCCCCACCGAGAACGGUGAUGAAGCUCGCCUGGAGCUCGGAGCGGAGAUUCAUGCGGGCCUCAAAGAUGCCGAGAAUGGGCUAGAACUGCUACGAAUAGAGGUAGAAGCUCUGGACUCAGGGUCUGAUAGCAGGAGAAGACAGUCGGUGGCGAGUGGAGAGAAAGAGGCAGAAAAGGAGCGUGUUGUGAUGCUGGCGGGGCGGUUAGCGGACGACCUUAAGAAGACUCGUGGUGACUUUCGAAAUGCCCAAUUACAAUCUAAGCGCCAGACCGAGCUUGCUAAGCGAAAGGAGCGAGAGCUGCUGUUGUCCCGAUCGCAGUCGUCGGAGCGGCAGAAUAACCCAUCGGAACACUUCACGCAGGAUGACCUGACGCUAAAUGCAUCGAAUGAUGUUACUGCUGCUCUGCGGAGAACACAUCAACUGAUGCAGACUGAGCUUUCCCGAAGCCAGUUCGCUCAAGAGACUCUUGAGCAAUCAACCGCCGCUAUCUCAUCUCUGUCUGAAUCUUACACUAGCCUCGACACCCUACUUGCUUCAUCUCGCAGCCUCGCCAACUCCCUUCUUCGCUCUCAGAAAUCCGAUACAUGGUAUCUUGAAACUGCUUUUUGGAUGCUUGUCGCGACAAUUUCUUGGUUGCUAUUCCGACGUAUAUUCUACGGGCCUCUCUGGUGGCUGGUAUGGCUACCGUUCCAAUUCGUCUUGCGCUUCGUAUUUGCAGUCUUUGGUGUCAUUGGCCUCACAAACAAAAAGUCUGUGCAGCCUUUGUCUAGCCAAAUUGCUGCUGACAUUUCUACUACCGUUCAGCAGGCCGCUGCAACCAUGGCAGGUGGAGCCGUGCCAGAGAAUUACGAUCAUGUUUCGCAAGAAGAGGAAGAUCGGCUUAUUGAUAAGAUUGGAAAAAUGGUUGAGGAAGAAGGAUACCAAAACAAUAUCAAUCUUGACGAUAUUUUGGCAGAGGAACAAAGGCACAACCAAGAUGCUCCUCGGAAUCCUAAAAAGAGAAUGAUGGAGGGCGAACGAGAUGUGUUACGAGAUGAACUAUAG